CCGGUGUGCCAUAGAGUAUUGUCCAUAUUCUAGGUUUGUGUUGUACUAUUUGCUCCUUGACAAGCUUAAGUAGUUACGUGUCUGAGCGUAUAAAUUUCAGGAAUGUAACGAUACGGUCGUCUACUCAUGCAAUCCCCCUUUUCGAUAACCAGCAAUUCCUUGUCCCUCAUGAAGUGGUGGAGAGUGGAUGCUGAUGGGGGACGAAAAAGAGACCUGGAAAGUUAAGACUCUUGAAGAAAUACUACAGGAGAAAAAACGCAGAAAGGCAUUAGAAGAGCAAACAGAAACCAAGCCCCCGAACAAUAUUUCCCAAAGCAUUGUUCCACAGACGGAUGCUGGGGAACCCAAACGAGAGACCCUGGAGGAAGGAGAACUGCGGGAUCAAAGGAUGGAAAUAACAAUUCGCAAUUCCCCCUACACUCGUCAAGAUUCCACAGAGGACAGAGGAGAGGAAGAUGAUUCCUUAGCUAUUAAGCCUCCGCAGCAAGUUGCAAGAAAAGAGAAAUCUCAUCACAGAAAGGAGGAGAAAAGAAAAGACAAAAGACGCCAUCGCAGCCACUCGGCCGAGGGCGCAGGGAAGCAUGCACGGGCCAAAGAUAAAGAAAGGGAGCGAGAUCGCAGAAAGCGUCAGUGGGAAGAAGACAAAGCCCGACAAGACUGGGAGAGGCAGAAACGAAGGGAGCAGGCCAGAGCUCAUUCACGCAGAGAGAGGGACCGUCUGGAACAGCAGGAGCGGCAACGAGAGCGCGACAGAAAAUUGCGCGAGCAGCAAAAAGAGCAACGAGAGCUGAAAGACAGAGAGAGGAGGGCCGAUGAGCGACGCAAAGAACGAGAGGGUCGACGCGACGUGCCUUCACACCAGCGACUGUUACCAGACGAGUACGAUGAGAAGCCGAAGCAAAGUCACCGCAGUCGCAGUCCUGCUCAUGUCCCUCGAGAGAAAACGGAACCUGGCGAAUUACGGAAAAUCAGUGAGGACAAUAAUAUUUCCUUUAAUGCUGUAAUAAAGAGUUGGGUAACUCGUGUUUUGCUUGCAGUGUCAAAGGAAGAGAGGGCUGAUGUUCAAGACCUACUCGCAGACCUCCAAGACAUAAGUGACAGUGAAAGGAAAACCAGCUCUGCUGAGUCUUCCGGGGCAUCAAGAUCUGGUUCUGAGGAGGAAGAGGGGGAGGAAGAGGAGUCCAGCAGCAAGACUGAGGGUGAAGAAGAAGGGGAGGAAGAGGAAGAGGAGGAGGGAGAGUCAGUUUCGGUGUCUGGCUCAGAGAGGUCUGAGCAGAGUGCAGAGGAACUGAGUGAUGAGGAGCAGUCAGAGGAGGACUUUGAAGAGGAGCCGGAAAAUGGAAAUCAUAUUCCUGCAGUACCAGAAUCCCGCUUUGACCACGACACAGAGGAAAGUGGUGAGGAGAUGGAAGAUGAGGAGGAAGAAGACGCAGGGGAUGGUGACCCUACGCCGCAGUCGCAGACCCAUUCACGUUCCCCCACACCUGAAGGAAACUAUAUUCCUGACUCCCCUCCGAUUUCACCUGUGGAGCUCAAAAAGGAGCUGCCCAAAUAUUUGCCUGCUUUACAGGGUUGUCGUAGCGUGGAGGAAUUCCAAUGUCUGAACCGAAUUGAGGAGGGAACGUAUGGUGUGGUGUACAGAGCCAAGGACAAAAAGACCGAUGAAAUUGUGGCAUUAAAAAGGCUUAAAAUGGAGAAGGAGAAGGAGGGCUUUCCCAUCACGUCUUUGCGAGAAAUCAACACCAUUUUGAAAGCUCAGCACCCCAACAUUGUCACAGUGAGGGAAAUAGUGGUUGGAAGCAACAUGGAUAAGAUCUACAUUGUGAUGAACUAUGUUGAACAUGACCUGAAGAGUCUGAUGGAAACCAUGAAGCAGCCUUUUCUGCCAGGAGAAGUAAAGACACUGAUGAUUCAGCUGCUCCGAGGAGUUCGUCAUCUUCACGAUAACUGGAUUCUCCAUCGGGACCUGAAGACGUCCAACCUGCUGCUCAGUCACAAGGGCAUCCUUAAGGUCGGUGACUUUGGAUUAGCCCGUGAGUACGGUUCCCCCCUGAAGCCCUACACUCCCGUAGUGGUGACCUUGUGGUACAGAUCACCAGAGUUGCUGCUUGGAGCCAAGGAGUACUCCACAGCUGUCGACAUGUGGUCUGUGGGCUGCAUAUUUGGAGAGCUCCUUACCCAGAAACCUCUUUUUCCUGGAAAAUCUGAAAUCGACCAAAUUAAUAAAAUAUUCAAGGAUCUGGGGUCACCCAGCGAGAAAAUCUGGCCAGGCUACAACGAACUGCCUGCUGUGAAGAAGAUGUCUUUCACAGAGUAUCCCUACAAUAACCUGCGAAAGCGCUUUGGUGCGCUGCUCUCGGACCAGGGUUUCGACUUAAUGAACAAAUUCCUCACCUUCUGUCCCACUAAGAGGAUCUUGUCGGACGAGGCACUCAAGCACGAGUACUUCCGGGAGACCCCGCUGCCCAUCGACCCAUCCAUGUUCCCCACGUGGCCGGCCAAGAGCGAGCAACAGAGGGUAAAGAGAGGCACCAGUCCUCGGCCGCCCGAGGGAGGCCUGGGCUACAGUCAACUGGGGGAUGAUGACCUAAAAGACACAGGCUUUCACCUGACCACCAGCAAUCAGGGAGCGUCUGCAGUUGGUCCUGGAUUCAGCCUGAAAUUCUGAGCAUGCUCCCUGGCUCAUAAAGACGAGCGCACCCAUGGAACGCUGCCACUGGAAUGAACUGCAAAGCAGAUCAAUACGCCAUCAGCGCCAACUGUUGACGAGGACUGUCUCUCACAAGAAUGGUGGCUAUGACGUGUUUCAAAAUGGUCAACUCUCCUCCACCUGUGUUAUCACAUUUGAGGAGUUUAGUAUAUUGUAUUAGUUUUGCUUUUUUACAUUUGUGAGCGGUUCCAAUUUUAUGAAUGGUGAUGAUGUUGCGUCAGUGAUGUGAAAUUGUUUUCCAUCUGACACAACUACUCAAAACUCUCUGUUCGCUCAAAUGAAAAGGCAAUAUUUUUUUUUUUAAAGAAGAAAUAAAGAAAAAUAAAUGUC